GGCUGGUGUUGCUGCUACUGCUCCUGCUACCUGCGACUUGCUACUUGAAACCUGCACGCAGAAAGCAGUGCUCGAAUCCCUUUUUUCUGUGGUGUUGUUCUUUCUUCUUUGCCUACUUGUAAUCAUCAGCAUCAUCAUCAUCAUCACCACCACCGCAACCAACCACCACCACCACCAACUCGGACAGUCCCAUGCCACCUCCUCUUGCCUCUCACCUACUCCUCUGAGCAUAGUCCCGAAUCAACCUCGCGCUUUGCCAUCUCACUGGCGACCGACGAUUGGCGAUUGGCCCUGUCCUCCGAAACAACAAUCUCCUUCCUUUUGAGCCGGGAAACCGCCAAGCCAAGCAACAGAGCAAAAAAAGGCUCCAACCCGUCUUUUGCCCGGCAUCACCUCCCGAGUUAAAAAUUUCUCUGACCUCUUUUCUUCGCCUCUCAAACCCUCCCUUUCCCUUUCGGCGAACCAACCAUCACCUGCUGCCUGGACCUCCUGGAAACCACCAGACCACCACAUCAUCAUCACGUACGCCCCCCCCCGGUCCAUCUGCCGCCCCAACCCAAAAAAAUCAAUCCUACGGAGCUCCCAAGACACAAAACCUUCCCACUUCCCACUUUCUCCCACUCCCCUACCCACGCACGCCGACCGCCUAUCUACCGUCUACCUUGCCGCGCCAGACCCAGCCAGCAAGAAUAUCCUGCAAGUCACCGACAGGCCACUGGGGCGAAAAACACCAAGAGGGGACCCAGCAGGCGACCCUCAUCUUAACACUUCCCUCGUACUUUUUUUUCGCGCGUUCCUCAAAACAAAAAUUUCUUCUAUCCCGCUUUGUUCUCCUCUUCAGCCGAACCUCCCAAACGCCCUUGGCCCAGAAAUCCAUCGAAAAAUCUCAACACCAUCCUGUCCUUACUGAAGUCAAUCGGCAUCGACCCCAAGAACUUCAUCGAUUCCACCCUCAAAACAAAGAGACACGACCGUCCUCGUCGUCCCUACACCCUCGUCGCCGCGCUUUGUCGUCCAAUGGUCGAUUGAGCUCGCCGACUCCACUGGUGUAUUGAAAUCGGGUAAUGGACCCUAGGCAGUCACUGUCAAGGACAACAUCGUCCAACGUUGCAACACCUCAAUCCACGUACAAUCCGAAUAACAUGGCUUCCGCAUACGCCAUGCCUCCGUACCAGAGUAACACGCAUCUCCCUCCCAUCAACUACUCCCAACUCCCGCCUGCCAACCAGAACUACAUGGCCCAACAGUACCGAAAUGACCUGCCGCGUUACAGCUCGGCUCCUACCGCUGCGCCUGUCCCAUCGCCAGCUCCUGAAAACAGAUACAUGGCCCCUCAAACGUCCAUGGGCGGUCUACCACCGUCGUCUGCGCUGCCACAACCCCAUAACCCGGCGCAGCAGCAGCCGCAGCAACAAGCUCCUCCACAAGCUUAUCAGGGGCCACCGCAGCCGCGUCAAGCCUACCCGCAACCUCUGGCUCCUGCCCCUCCGCGUCAAGAUUCUUUGGCGCCAGUGUAUGGCCAGCCGGACAAUCGUCAGGCGUGGUCCCAACCCGAACCCAUGCCCACCAUGACCACCGACGUCGGACGCGAUCCGACACGAACUCAUGUCGUGGGCUCUCAAGGACGAAGAGGCAUCCUGCCCAGCGCACCAGGGCGCCCUCCAGUGAUGCCAAACGGUGUUAAUGGCUCCCAGAAGAGCAGCGCAGUUCCUCAAAAGGAUGCUGAUGGAAAGUUCCCUUGCCCCAACUGUACAAAGACUUAUCUUCAUGCGAAGCAUUUGAAGCGGCACAUGCUGAGACACACUGGUGAUCGGCCGUACAUGUGUGUUCUGUGCAACGAUACGUUCUCCAGAAGUGACAUCUUGAAGCGGCAUUUCCAGAAAUGCUCGGUUCGCCGUGGCAAUCCAACGGGAGCAAGCCACUUGUCAAACCCUGCUGCCCAUAUUAAAAAGAACCAGCAGAAGGCGGCGACUGCCUCGCCAGCAAGUGCCACCACCCCAAACGCGGUCAUGCCCAACCCUCCAUACACCACUGCUGCCAUGCCUAACACUUCGGCGCCGACCACGAGUGCCCCUGCCCCUGGAAUGGCCUAUCCGAUGCAGCCCAAUGGCCCGGGCGACAUGCAGCGUCCGGGGCAGCCCAUGCAGCCUGGUUCUGGACCCGCCGGCAUGGACCCCAAUGCCAACAACUCGUGGUCGAUGCACAAUGCCCGAAGUAACCAAAUGAUGUAUCACUCCAAUUCCACACCUCCCGAUCAUUAUGGCAUGCAGCCCGGUGGAGGGGAGGAUAAGCGCAAUGUCAUGCCUGGCGCUCAUCAUAUUGGGGAUGACUGGAACCAUAUGUUUCCAUCAGGUGGCAAUGAGGGAUACAUGAACCCCAUGUUCGGUGGUUAUGACCAAUCCCAGAAUGAUGUCAAAAAGGACUAUGAAACCCAUGAAGGUGGAUCGAAUGGCUACUACAUUCCCUCUACGAGCCUUGGAGCUGACGGUACGCUUGGACCCCCUCUCUGGAAUCUGCAUGCAUCUCGGCAAGACUUGUUCCAAGCCAAGGUGAACUCGCUAUUAACGUUUGUCUUCCCUGGGGGGUUACAGGAAUCGCGCCGAGACCCACAAAAUGAUUUUUUGAGGUCCUGCCUGACCGUCGAAGCCAUCCAACAUUUUCUCGAUCUCUUUCCGAACUUUCAAGGUCAUUUCCCAUGGCUUCAUUUACCGACCUUUAACUUCCUGACCGCCUAUGACGGUCUCAUCCUCGUCAUCAUCUGCAGUGGGGCUGUGUACUCUGAUCGCAUUUCUCAACCUCAAGUACGGGCGCUGAUGCAACUUGUCAAGGCUGGCAUCGACCGUACAUCACAACUCUUACAACACCUGGAGCCGGGAGUCGCUAGGAAUCGGCUGUCGAUGACUGGGGACACGGAGUUUGAAGAACUCCUCGCGCUACAAAUUCUUCAGAGCUUGUUUGUCUGGCACGGAGGUCCCGACGAGAGAGCUCUUGCCCGUGCUGAAAGCAAACGAGUGCUGUAUCUGGUUCGACAGCUCGGCAUGUUGACUUUGGCUAGCCCAGAGUAUCGUCAUAGCUACAGUUAUCUUCACAACCUCCAACCGGGUCAAACCGCCCAGCCGUGGCGCUGGGAUUGGCGUUCCUGGGUGGAACAAGAAAAGCGGUCGCGGCUGAUGUUCAUGGUCUUCCUGUGGGACGCGGCCAUGUGCAUCUACUUCAAUGUGGCUCCCCAAUUUUCGUCGGCCGAGAUCAAAUUACCCUUGCCUUGCGACGACGCGGCCUGGGAAGCUCCAGAUGCCGAAACCUGUGCUCAAGCCCUCGGCCUUCGUGGGGCGGAGGCUCAGGCGAGGAUCAACGUGAACGGCUCGCUCCGGCUGAAGCAAUUGGAGAUGCACCACGCAAUGAGUGCCUUGCAUAGCACUACCGUAACCAUGCAGCCGCGAACCACCAAUGUUUAUUCCAAGUUCAUCCUUAUCCACGCGCUUCAUGUGGAAAUCUGGCAGGUCCAGCGUUCAAGAUAUUUUUUCGGCUCCUCGGAUUCCCCCAUGACACGUCUCAAAAAGCCAAAGGUGUCGCCAGAGGACGCGAACAACAUGUACAAAUCGAUCAAUUCCGCUCUUGCUCGGUGGAAACAAGCUUGGGACCAGGACUAUGCGUUGCAGUAUCCUCCAGGAAAUGGUGAUCAUAUUCCCAAGCGUAUCGGCUUCUGUCGGGAUGGCGUACAUUUUUAUUGGCUCGCUCGUGCAUUCAUGCAGCCAAACCGAACGCGCGAUUGGCAGCUUUCUGCAGACGAUCGACUGCGGCAAGUGCUGCAUGGGCUGAAGAAGGCCAGAGAAUGGAGUCGGACCGACGGUGCCCAACGAGGCGAAGAGCCGGGCAGUGUGGCCUACAUCGAUGAAAAUUAUGCACAAGAGACCCUGGAGCUGGACAUGAAACAGCUCUUCCGACCUCUCCACACUCUUGGCGACAGCCCAUUGCCAAUGCCAGCGGGACAAGCACAUUCCACUGACUAUCGAUGAUACACCCAUUGUUUCUCGUCACCAACGUUUGCCGACUACAGUCCUUGUUGCGCUAUUCAGCCAGUUUUCCAACCCGUCGCUAUGUGCUAACGUUUUGUUGUCUCACCACCACACAGCCCGAAAUGAGCUCGGCCUUUUGGACGAUUACCUUUUUAUGUCUUUUUUAUCGAAACUUUAAUGCAUAUAGAUCAGUGGACCUCAACUGGGGAUAUUGCUUGCGGCAGACUUCCUGCAUCACUACAGCUUUAUCCAGGUUUAGCCGCCACAUACCUGCAUGGAAACGGCGUGAAUGGAUUGCAUUUCCAAAGGACCUGGCCAAUUGCGCCGGAUUUAAUGUUACACAACUUGCGGAAUAUCCGGUCAACAUGGCGGGGGAAAAAAAACAUUAGACGGGCGGCGAAAAUGAUGGCAAGUUCCACGGCGGAACGUUUCUACUUGAGCACGUUCAAUGAUGACGACAGGGAGGCUUUUGACAGCAGCGCUGAACGACAAGAAGGCUUGGUGAAUGAAUGUUUGUGGGAAGGACCUGGAGGGUUGGAGAAAGAUUGAGAUGGAUUGUUGUGAUGGUUCAGCCACGACACAGGCUGGGCACUUUUUCCCACUUCGACGGGCGGCUUGGGGUUGUGUUGUUUUCUGGCGUUUUUGGGUGGGGCUUGCAUUGUACGGUCUCUUCAGCAUUUUGCGAGAUGGGGAACAUAUUUCUAAAGGACAAAAUCAAAGUCAAGGGAGGUUGACCCUUGGGAAUGGAGGGUGACAUGGGUGUUGCACGGGGCUGGCACCAACGGUACCGGCAUCUUAUGGUCGGAGGCACGGUUCUGCCUGUUCACGAUCGAGGAACCUGACUGACGGAUGAAUGCGAGGAGCUGGGCUUGUGAUGGCCCGGGCCAUUGGCGAGAGCAGCAGUCGUCCGAGAGGAGAGUGCAGACAUUGGUUGAAAGGGUGCAAAAGGGGACUGUUCAGUAUUCGCGCGAAACAUAGAUAGAGAGGGCAAAAGAUCCGUAACGCAAAUGAAUCCAAUGGCAUUUCUGACCUUUGA